CUGCAAGGUGAGACUUCGGACGCUACGCUUGGACUUUCGGUGCAAAUGGCGGGACGAGAGUUCGCGCAUGUCCAGCCGGACAACGCCGAGAUCGAGCGCUCCGUGCUCUCGCAGGAGGUCGAGGCGCUGCGCAAUCGGUUGGGGCUGCGGCAGGUGGACGUGUCCAAGGAAUGCGGCGUGAACGCCAGUAUGCUGUCGCAGUGGAUGCUGGGCAGGUACAAGGGCAAUGUCGGCCGAAUUAAUGGACUGAUGGAAUCGUGGCUGAUUCGACGACGCGGAGGGAAACCCAUGGAUAAGGGCAUGAUGCUGUUCAACUCGACGGCCAGCUCACCCAAACUCAAACGGCGACUCGAUGACAUGAACGAUCCCCUCCAAGCUGCGAGGAGGAAAGAUAGCUCGAUCCUUGCGCAGCGAAGGCUGUACAACUACCCAAAGUUCCCAACUCGCGAUACUCUGCUGAUCCCUAUCCGACUCGACAUAGACAUCGAAGGCUACCGAUACAUUGACUCCUUCUCGUGGAAUAAGUACGAAAAGGAUUUUACGUACGAAACGUUUGCUGCUGCGCUAGUUAGAGACUUGGACCUCCCGGAGUGCUUCUAUAAGCGAAUUGCCAAGUCGAUUGAAGAACAGGUUGAGAAGGCCCAACGAUCACUGCCUUGGCACGAAGCUGUCACGAUGGAGAGUCUGCAUCCGAUCUUCAUCAACCUUCGCCUGAACGACACUAUCUAUAUUGACCGGUUCGAGUGGGACCUGAAUAACCCCAACAACUCGCCCGAGCGGUUCGCUCAGGUGGUUUGUGAAGACUUGGGUUUGAGCGGUGAGUUCGAGGCUCAAGUCGCUCUAUCCAUUCGUGAGCAGCUUCGAGACUAUUCCAGACUCAUCCGAGAAGGCUUGAAGGAUCGAGUCACAAGACUCCCACCUGUCUCCGCGGCGUUCCGUGACCGUCUGGAUGCCGAUGCGUGGGGCCCCUCCGUUAAAUACAUUUUGGCGGAUGACAUCCCUCAACUCGAGCGAGAAGACUUUAAGCGGAUGAGACCGCUGUCGCGCCCCACGCUGCUGGUGACCCCGCCACCGCAACAGACAGCGCGGCCCAAUCGACCGCCCAAGCCAGUGAAUACCUUCCUCAUGUUCUGCAGACAAAACCGAAAGAAGAUCAUGGCUGACCACCCCAGUACGAGCGCCAAAGAUGCGUCCAAGAUUCUCGGCGAUAUGUGGCAAAAGUUGUCUGAAAAGGAGCGAGCUAGCUACAUUCCAAUGACGGAGAUGGAAAACCAGCGACGCAUGAACGAGUGGCGCAUGAAGGAGAACGCCUUGAACGGCAUCCACACAACCCUCACUGGCGGCAUCGCUGGAGCAGCUGCAACCGCAUCCAGCCAGACGAACUCGCCCGCCAUACCGGGCACACCAGUGCUGCUCGCUCCUCGGAUCACCCCUAGCGUCGCCUCCUCCAUGGACGAAGUAGACGACGCGGAUGCUGACGAGGACGAUGAGGACGAAGACGACGAGGAGGACGACACUGCCAGUGCCACCAGCGUCGCCGUCUGA